AUGAGCAACAGAAACAGUAUAAGAGGCCGGCGCUUGCACGGUAGAUGUGCCUUGCUCUUGUGCGUGACGCUCGCACUGAACCUGCUUUUGGUUUUACUGGUUCUGCUCCUCUUCCCGAAAACCUGCAAGCCCCUUCAGCGACCGCUUCACCCCAACCUCACCUCGGCCGACCACGCACGGCCCGCCUCCGCCGGCCCAGCGAAGCAAAGCCGAGUAAGAACGGCCGACCUAGCCAAGUUGGAGGCUCUGUUCUCUCACACGCUGUAUAACCUGCACGCCUCGUUGAAUCCGGACGAGGACACUCUGCUGAGAGUCCGGACGCAGGAGGCCGAGGGGCACAAUGCACAGCAGUGGCAGAAUGAUAGCAAAGAGGGCUUCGAUCCUAUCCAAUGGAACAGCAGCACCGAGACUCACCCACCCUGGCUACGGUUUCACCUGGGCAUCUCCCGCUGGCAGCUGUACAAGCACCGAGAUGCCAACCUGCCCGUGCUUCUAGAGCAAAUGGCAACCGGUCGUAUUGUCAGCACAGUUCAGAAGACUGGAGGAACACAGCUGAAGUUGGUGAUAACCUUCCCCAACUACGGACAGGUGCUUUUCAAACCUAUGAAGCAAGAGAGAGAUGAAGAGACGAACGUGAACCUCUACUAUUUCUCUGACUUCGAGAGACACAACGCUGAGAUUGCAGCCUUUCACCUGGACAGGAUACUGGGUUUCCGGCGUGUGCCUCCUGCUGUUGGAAGACUGCUGAACGUGAAUAAGGAAGUUAAAGACAUCACAACUGACCAUAAACUGGCCAGGACUUUCUUCACCUCCCCAGUGGGGAACUCGUGCUUUUACGGCCAGUGUUCGUACUACUGUUCCACCGAGCACGCGGUGUGCGGCCGGCCCCGUGCGCUCGAGGGCUCCAUGGCGGCCAUGUUGCCUGAACUGUCCCUCGCCUCGCGUCGCUCCUGGAGGAACCCGUGGAGGCGCUCGUACAGCCGCAGCAAGCUGGCACUGUGGGAAACGACCCCGAAGUACUGCGAUGCCGUGAAGAAGACCCCGCCUUACGACCGAGGCACCCGAUUGGUGGAUCUCAUAGAUAUGACCAUUCUGGAUUUUCUACAGAGUAAUAUGGACAGACACCACUAUGAAACGUUUGAAAUUUUUGGCAACGAUACUUUCCUUUUACACUUAGACAAUGGCAGAGCGUUUGGUCGACAUUCUAAGGACGAGCCGUCCAUACUUACCCCUGUUGUGCAGUGUUGCAGAAUCCGGCGUUCCACGCUGCUCCGUCUGCAUCUGCUUUCUCUCCCACAGUACCGCCUGAGCGACGCCAUGCGAGGGUCUCUGUCUCAGGACCCGCUGACCGCCGUGGCACCCCUCCUCACCGAGCCUCACCUUUCCACAUUAGACCGCCGUCUAACAACGGUACUUCAGACCAUCCAGCGCUGCCUUCUUCAGCAUCAGCACCACAGUGAGGUCAUAUAUGAUGACAUUCCUGACUAUCCUGACCUGGAACAUGCAGGUGAUCGUGUUUAAACCAAAGUAACUGAUGUAUUUACUAAGUGAUGGACAUUGGGAAAAGCUUUACAGCUCUAUGGUGGUGUGCAGAGGAACUCUACAACUGUGCAGUGAGUGUCGCAACGGAGGACAGAUGCUUUUGUCAUGGUUCAUUCUUUGGCCGGCCUGUUACACUUUACCUAAGCAGCACUAGCAGGAUAGACAGACGUUUGUUUAUGGACGUCACAUGGAUGCAUGUUUGAUUUUGAAUUUUAAAUAAACGGACCUCUUGAAUUUAAAAUUGUUUAAGUACUGUGCUGUCUGAAGGGAUCAAGGGUCACAGGCAUUCAGUAUUCUCUAAAUCUUUUAUUACCAUUCAACAUUUACUAGUCAAGAUAGCAUCACCAGU